UUGUUAUAAAACAUUGGUCUAUUACUAGAGCCAAACGCUUAAAAAAAAAUUUUGGACACAAAUUCUCAAGAGAUAUCUAUUGCUGAUUACAUGAAGGAGUACCCAGCGUUACAAAAACCAGCAGGAUAUAAUCUAUUGAUCAAUGAUUUUGAAUUCAUAUAUCCAGACAAAAUAAACAGCCUUUUUGAAACAUUUCCUCUUUAUAAAGUCAGAAUACUAGAACUUGCAAAAACUGUAUCUGAAAAAUUAAGGGACAAUACCAUCAAAGGAAUAUUUAAUGAAUAUCUUGAUUCAGCAUCAGCAAGUAAAGAAGCAUCAGCUAUAGCCACAUUUUGUAUUUUGCCAUUUCUUUUUACUCCAGCUUCUACCAAAAGAAAGAAAGGAACUAGUUCUUGGAAACCAUCCAAAAUUGAGAUGAAAGAUGGCUUUAUAACCCAUAUAAAAUCAUAUAGUGAACUUCAAGAAACAGUAUCAAGAAGAAAAAACAAGUAUGCUCAACUUGGUUGCACCUUACAGCCUUUUAUCAUAAUUAUAGGCCCAAGCAUAAAUGAUAUUUCUCAAAUUUAUGUCUAUGUUGAUAACACUUAUUAUGUACUUAACUCAAUUGUUGCAGCAAUUGAUUGUUGUUUCAAGGUAAUUCAUUCAUUAAAUUUAGAAUAUCCUUUGGAAUGUCUACAAGUUUGGACAUUUAUUCAAAAAGUUUUUUUUUAAAUUAAAAUUGCUUGGGACACUGAGUUUGUAUCAGUUAACUCACUUAUAAGUGAUAUAGGAAUUACUAAUGUCUUAUAAAUUAUAAUUUGUUUUCAUUAUU